GGGCACCGGUCCGCCGCACCAGCGCCGCAGCUUUAAAAGGAUGCUGUGGCCCGUUCCUUUUUCUCCUGCCUCGCCAAUGCUUUUAUUUAUUUAUUAAUUCAUCUCUAAGCAGCCGCUCCGCGAUGCCCGGCGGGCGAGCGGCGGGGUCGGAGGGGCGCCGCGGCUGCGCCAGGUGGACCCGUGCCCUCUUUGGCCGCAACAUGGCGGGCAGGGAGCCCUUCACGGCCGUGUUGUCCGCGCUGCGCCGCUGCUACGCGGAGGUCUUCCCGCUGGAGACCUUCGUCCGGCGGCUGGGGGACGGCGGCGCCGGGGACGCCCAGGUGCUGCGGGCCGACGACGCGCCCGGCUACCGCAACUUCGUGGGGCAGUGCCUCGUGUGCGUGCCCCGCGGCGCCCGCGCCAUCCCGCGGCCCUUCACCUUCCAGCAGUUAUCUAGUCAAAGUGAGGUCACCGCGAGAGUCGUUCAGAGACUGUGUGAAAAAAAGAAGAAGAAUGUCCUCGCAUAUGGAUACUCUUUACCAGAUGAGAACAGUUCUCAAUUCCCAGUCAUGCCACUUUCAAAGAUACACAGCUACCUACCCAAUACUGCCACGGAAACUCUUUGUAUCAGCGGCUUCUGGGAGACACUGUUGAGCCGCAUAGGGGAUGAUGUGAUGAUGUAUUUAUUGGAACACUGUGCAGUCUUUAUGCUUGUUCCCCCUAGUAAUUGUUACCAAGUUUGUGGGCAACCAAUUUAUGAACUUAUUUCACACAGUGUAGACUCAUCCCUGGUAUUUGUUAGACAAAGGUUCUCGAAGUAUAAACGUACUAGCUUGCUUAAAUACAUGCGAAAAAGGCUUAUAUUUCAUAGAAAUUAUCUUUUAAAGUCAUACAGACAAAGAUGUGAAGUUAAUGUCUCCAGAAUGAGAAAUGAAAGAAAGAACAAGAGACGAAGCCUAGUGCCCACUGACCAGUGUUCUGCAAAAGCUGUUUCUAAAGCAAGCAAACAGAUCAGAGUGGUUACUGAAGAUCAGGAAAAACAGAGUAGCUCCACUUCAUGUGUUUCAGCCACAGCAGCUCCAUCUCUAAAAAGGAAGUUUCAUAGAGAACAAUCUGAAAUUCCAGCCAAGAGGGCAAAAAUAGGGGAGAAAGUGAGAGAGGAAAAGGCUUGUAGUCUUGUUCCUGAUGUAAACCAAAGUAGUUCCAAGAGAUCUGAAACUGGGUAUGUAGCACCACGUUCUGAAAGUGUCAUUAAAACCCCCCGUAUUUCUGAAAGAAGUAACAGUGCUGUGUCUGGUCCUUCUUUAGUUCACACAUCUCGUGGCAGGAGAAAGUUUGUGGCAGGCUCUCUUCUGCAGAGAUUUCAGAGUAACAAACCUUUAGAGUCCAACACUGAACUGCAAGCAAAAUCCCGUAGGAAAAGAGUAGAGAUUCGUACGUAUGAAUCUCAGUUGGCUUCAGGACAAACCAAACCUGUGGAGGGUACUUCAAAAUGCAGAGAGCAGGAAAGUCCCCAACCUCAUUUAUCAAAGAAGUCACCAAAUAGACUCCUGAGUUCUGCAGCAUACAUUGGGAGGAAGUCUCUUCUCUAUUCUUGCAGGAGUUUCCAAGAAUGUUUUCCUAAAUCAUUUGUAUUGAAUCGCUUGCAGGGCUCUGAGGCAGGUGGAAGACAGCUUAUAGAAGCUAUAUUCUUAAACCAAAAUCAGAUGCAGCAAAGGCAUAACCAAAGUCUGCCAAAGUGCAAGCGGAGAAAGAAGACGUUGCCCAAACGCUACCGGCAGAUGAGGGAUACAUUUCAGGAACUGCUAAACAACCAUGGAAAAUGUGCUUACUUAGCUCUCUUGAGAAAAAAUUGCCCCGUUUGGAUAUCUGAAAUCAGUAUGAAAAAAAUCAAGCUGUUUUGUCAGGCAGCCUUGCCCGGGGAAGCAGAGGUUCAGAAGCAAGCAGAACAGUUUGGGAAAGAGCCUGCUAAGGCUGUGACAAGCAGCAGAUGUGAAUGUGGUCACACUGAUGUGCCAGACAACUUAGGUGCUCCCCUUGCAGAAUCUGUGCGUGAGGAGUUGCCGCCGAGUGAGGAGCAAAACCCACGAGAGGCACAUGAUUCAGCCCUCAUGGAGCUCCUCAAGCAGCACAGCAGCCACUGGCAGGUGUACAUGUUUGUGAGGGAUUGCCUGGAGAAGGUUAUUCCUAAAGAGCUUUGGGGUUCAAACCACAACAAGUGCCGGUUUCUAAAAAAUGUCAAAGUGUUCAUUUCCAGGGGGAGGUUUGCUAAGGUUUCAUUGCAGGAGUUGAUGUGGAGGAUGAGAGUGAAUGACUGCAUGUGGCUUCGUCUAGGCAAAGGUGAUCACUUUGUUCCUGCCGAUGAACAUUGUUUCCGUGAAGAACUUUUGGCCAAAUUCCUGUACUGGCUGAUGGGUACCUAUGUUGUUGAGUUGCUCAGAUCAUUUUUCUAUAUCACCGAGACUAUGUUCCAGAAAAACAUGCUCUUCUACUACCGAAAGUUUAUCUGGGGCAAGUUACAGAACAUUGGAAUUAGAAAUCAUUUUGUCAAAGUACAGCUACGGCCUCUGUCUUCAGAGGAGAUUGAAACUAUCCGUCAAAAAAAGUUCAUUCCUAUGGCAUCAAAGCUCCGGUUUAUUCCAAAACCAAAUGGGUUGAGACCCAUAGUAAAAGUGAGCGGUGUUGUCGAACCACAAGCACUCAGCAAGGAAAGCAGAGAAAAGAAGAUGAAUCAUUACAACACUCAACUAAAGAAUCUGUUUAGUGUGUUAAAUUAUGAACGGACUAUAAACACCAGUUUUAUAGGGUCUUCAGUGUUUGGGAGAGAUGAUAUCUACAAGAUAUGGAAGCAGUUUGUUACAAAGACUCUUGAAUCUGGUGGUGAAAUUCCUCAUUUCUACUGUGUAAAGGCUGAUGUGUCCAGGGCUUAUGAUAGCAUUCCUCACAACAAACUGGUGGAAGUGAUUUCACGGGUCCUGAAGCCUGAGAAGAGAACCGUGUACUGCAUACGGCGCUACGCUGUGAUUAUGAUUACCCCAAGUGGAAGAGCCAAGAGGCUCUAUAAGAGACAUGUUUCUACUUUCAAGGACUUUAUGCCAGACAUGAAGCAGUUUGUGUCCCAGCUUCAGGAGAAUGCCUCAUUGCAAAAUGCAAUAGUAGUUGAGCAGAGCUUAACUUUCUAUGAGACAAGUUCCAGCCUGUUUAAUUUUUUCCUUCAAAUGAUGCAUAACAGUAUUCUGGAGAUUAGGAACAGGUACUACUUACAGUGCUGUGGAAUUCCACAGGGCUCCAUUUUGUCAACCUUACUCUGCAGCUUAUUCUAUGGAGAUAUGGAAAACAAAUGGCUCUCUGGAAUAAAGCAGGAUGGAGUCCUAAUGCGUCUCAUUGAUGAUUUUUUGCUGCUUACGCCACACUUAAUGAAGGCAAGAACUUUUCUAAGGAUCCAAGGGAUAGGUCUUGAAGAAAAGCUUAGCAUCUGCAGUGUUGUCAGUUGCAUCAUGCUUUUCGUAGUCACAAAGAUGCAGCUCUGUUGUGAGCUUGAAAGGACUCUAGCAACAGGUAUUCCUGAGUACGGCCUUUUAAUAAACCCAAAUAAGACAGUGGUGAAUUUUCCUGUUGAUGAUAUCCCAGGAUGUUCCAAAUUUAAACAGCUGCCAGAUUGUCGUUUGAUCCCAUGGUGUGGUUUGUUAUUAGAUAUAAAAACACUUGAGGUUUACUGCGAUUACUCCAGUUACACCUGUACUUCUAUCAGAUCAAGUCUUUCCUUCAAUUCAAGUAUAACAGCUGGGAAAAACAUGAAAUACAAACUGAGUGCAGUCCUCAAACUGAAAUGUCAUAGUUUAUUUCUUGAUUUACAGAUCAACAGCCUUAGAACAGUUCUCAUUAACAUCUACAAGAUAUUUUUACUCCAGGCUUACAGGUUCCAUGCCUGUGUUCUCCAGUUUCCAUUCAGCCAGCAAGUUAGAAAAAAUCCUGAUUUCUUCCUAAGGAUUAUCUCUCAGACUGCAUCAUGCUGCUAUGCUAUCCUGAAAACAAUAAAUGCAGGGAUUGCUAAAGAUAACAAGGGUGUAUCUGGCAUAUUCCCUAUUCAGGUAGCAGAAUGGCUCUGCUACCAUGCCUUCACUGUCAAACUGUUAAAUCACAAAGCUGUUUACAAAUGUCUGCUUACAUCCUUAAAAGUCUGUAAGAGGAAGCUAAUCAGGAGGAUCCCAGAGGAUACUGUGGCACUACUGCAGGCAGUGACAGAGCCGUCUCUUUGUCAAGAUUUCAAAGCUAUCCUGGACUAACUGAUUGUGGUUUAUUUCAUAAUUUUCUCAGGUUUGAAAAUAAAUACUGUGUCUUUAGGUGACUUCUCUGUAGUUUAUUUUGGCAGAAUGGGCCAAAAGCAAGUUCACCCAGAAGUUUUAUGUGUCUGUUUCUCAGGACAUAAAAAGAGCAGACAAUUUUGUUAAUACCUUCCUGUUCGGGUUUUUUUGUUUGUGGGGGUCUUUUUUGUAAA